CAAAAGUUGUGAUACAUAGUGAAUCAUGGCUGAGUUGACUUACGAUUUUAACAUGAAUAGAUUCAAAAAUCGACUAGAUACCUUCAAAGAUUGGCCUUUUACGGAAGAAACGGGAUCUUGUUGCACUGCAGUGAAGAUGGCUGAAGCAGGCUUCUUCCACAGCGCGAAUGAUUCUGCUGAUGUUGCACGUUGCUUUGUUUGUCUCAAAGAACUCGAAGGGUGGGAACCUGAGGACAAUCCAUUUGAGGAACACAGAAAGCAUUCUCCAAAAUGUGAAUUUUUGUUGUUGAACAAAAAAGAGGAAGACUGGACAGUGCAAGAAUUUUUAGAAUUGGAAACAAAAAGGCAAAUCAGCAGGAUGCAAAAGAUCAUUGAACUCAAGACAAAAGAAUACUUGGAACUGGCUGAACAUGUCCAGAGUGAAAUGGAAAAGCUUGUCUAGUCUUAAUGAUGUAUACCUGACUGUUAAGUUUCACUGUGAAUUGAUAGAGUGCAUUUCAGAGGCUACCUUUACAGAUGAUCUUCUGCUUCACUACAAAAUCCUUCCCUUGUCAUGAAUGACCCGCUACAUUGAGGGCACAUUGAAUUGUCUGCUUAGUAAUUGCUGGUUUGAAGAGACUUUCCAUAGCCUUUUGGAAGGGUGGUGUGACAAUUCAAGAGAAUCUUUUUGUUAAGAUCUAAAAUUAUUGUAUUUGAUAAGCAAGAAAUCAUUACACUGCCUUCUAUUCUCCAAAUAUUGUUCAUAAUUUUAAGCCACAAUAACACACACAAGGCCAGUUUUCACAUUAUUCAUUUUCUUACUCCCUCAUCUUUUUAGUCUUUUUUAAAAUGACUAACUUUCAGAGUGUUGGUCAGUAGAGUUACUUGUCUUUGUACUUUGCUAAUUUGGUUUAGCUUAAACAAUUUCUUAAGGUUGUUGGCCUGGGGAAAUUAACUUUUCCACUCAUCAAAACUGCUUUCCCAUGAUUCAUAUGUAAUAUAGUUUUCCAUGUAAUGUAGUAUGUCUACUAUUAAAGAAGAUAAAAUUGACUGAAAA